AAAACCCUAAACAACACCCGCUCCCAACUAACGGAAGCCCACCAGCAAACUUUCUCUCUGAAAUCUCUAAUCCGGUUGUUUUUUUACUUGUUUGUUUGUUUGAAGAGCAUAAAGAUGGGCAUGAAUCUCUUCGACGACGGCGGAGACGAUAAGCAAAACGACGACAUAUCGAAGAUUGAGAUCAACAAGGAGUAUGCACGCAGAUUCGAGUAUAACAAGAAAAGGGAGGACCUUCAGAGGUACCAAGAGCUUAAGAAGAAAGGUGUAAUCGAGUCCUCUGAUAUGGAAGACUCGUCCUCCGAGGAUGGAGAAGAUGAUUUUGAUUUGAAGGAUUCGAGCAAUAAGGACCUCGAGUUUUUCGAUGCCCUGAUUAAGGUACGAAACCAAGACCCACUCCUCAAACAAAAAGAUGUCAAAUUAUUUGAUUCUGAUGAUGAUGAUAGUGAAAAAGAGGAAGUAGAACUAGGUGAAAAGCGCGGGAAGGGGAAAAAGGCAAUGUAUUUGAAGGAUGUGACGGCGAAGCAUUUGAUAGAGGAGGGACCGGAAUUUGAAGAGAGUGAAGUGAGGGUGAAGGGUGGAAAAAAGAGUUAUAAUGAGGAGCAGGAGGAAAUUCGGAAGGCCUUUUUGGAUGCAGCGAAGGAGGUGGAGGAUGAUGAUGGAGGGGAUUUGUUGAAUUUGAAAGAGAAGAAGAGAGAGGAUGUAGUGGAGGAUGGUGAUGGGGACGAAUUUGCUAAGAAGGUGGAUGAGUAUUUCGUGGGUGAAGGUGAAUUGGAUGAGAAUAGUUUGUUCUUAAGGGACUUUUUCAGGAAAAGGAUGUGGGAAGACAAGGAUGGGAACAAAAUGGAUGUUGAUGAGGAUAUGGAUGAGGUGUUGCGAGAUGAGGAGGAGAUGGAGAGGCAAGAGGAGUAUGAGCAGGGAUAUAAUUUUAGAUACGAGGAGAAUGCAGGAGAUAGAGUGAUGAGUUACUCGCGGAGGGUGGAGGGUUCAGUGAGGAAGAAAGAGAAUGCGAGGAAGGAGCAGAGGAAGAGCAAGGAGGAGAGAAUGAGGAUUGCGGAGAUGGAGAGGAAGGAGGAGCUAAAGCACUUGAAGAAUUUGAAGAAGAAGGAGAUGGAGGAGAGGAUGAGGAAAGUUCUGGGCGCUGCAGGGAUUAGAGAAGACGACGAGUGUAUGUUGGAUUUGGAUGAUCUGGAGGAGGACUUCGAUCCAGAGGAGUAUGAUAAAAAGAUGAAGAAGGCUUUUGAUGAAAAGUAUUAUGAAGAUGAGGAUGUAGACCCACAGUUUGGGAGUGAUAAGGAUGAAGAUGGUGCUGAAAUUGAAAAACCAGAUUUUGAUGAGGAAGAUGAAUUGCUUGGACUUCCAAAGGGGUGGGAUGCUCCAGAGUCUCAUGAUGGUUUCUUGGCCACGAGAGAAAGAAUUUUGAAACGUAAGGCAGAGAAUUGUGGUGAAGAAGAUGAUAGUGAAGAAGAGGCAGAAGAAGGAGAAGAAGAUGAGAAAGAGGGCGAGGAGGAGGAGAGUAGGCCAAAGAGGAAGCGUAAAAUGUCUCUCGUGAAGAAAGUUAAACAAGAAAUGCUGGAGGAAUACUAUAAAUUGGACUAUGAAGAUACAGUUGGAGAUUUGAAGACAAGGUUCAAGUAUGCGAAAGUUCAUCCUAAUAGGUAUGGUUUGAAGACCGAAGAGAUAUUAAUGUUGGAUGACAGUGAGCUAAAUCAAUAUGUGUCUUUGAAGAAAAUCACUCCCUUUCAGGAGGAGGAAUGGAAGGUCCCUAAUAGUAAGAAAUAUGAGCAGAAGAUGAAGAUAAAGGAGCUUGUUACAGGGAAAAAAUUAGAUGGCGGGAAGGCCGGUAAGAAGAAGGAUAACAAGAAGGCUGAUAAGAAGCAGAGGUCCAAAAAUGAAGGUGAUGUAGCAAAUUCGGUGGUAAUUUCCACAAAAGAUGAGAAAGACCAAGCGCAGGAAUCGAAUGGUGAUGUGAGUAAAUUAUCUAGGAAAGCUAGGAGGAAGCGCAAUCAAGCUGAAUUGAAACUAUCCCACUCACGCCUUAUAGCUUAUGGAAAGAUACAACCUAAGUCUAAGAAUAAACGAAAGCACUGAGCACCGCGAUAAUUUAUGCUGAGCUCAAGAAGUUACUUUUUUAGCAUGAAGUAUGGUAAAUGCACAAAGAGACAGAGAAGCAAGCCGCGUGAUCAUCGUAUAUUGGCAAGAGCUGGGGACCGUUUUGGUUUGAUUUCUGCAUUACUGAAGCAAUCAAGUGCAUAUUAGUUUGAACUUGACAGACUCUAUGGUGCAUCUAGGUAGGCAUUUUGUAUUUCGCCCACUUUAAGUAUUUUGUUUUCUCGUCCAUGGAAUUUUGAGUUUAUCUAGUCAGUUUUCUAGACGAAUAUUAUAUUCAGUUUAGGCUUUUUACCAGUUACUACCCGUUUUAGUGAUAUCUAAAUCUCUGGAGGAUUUGGUUUGUCUUGGACAUUUUUUAUUGUGAGUUUAAGGAUUGUAUUUCAUUCUGCUAUUUAUGAGAAGUGAAAUAAAAUCUGAGAUCAUGAUGUGGUUUUGCCAA